CGACCCUGGAGACUGAGGUACUGGGGCGCUGAACGAGCCUGGACUGGGAGGGAGGGAAAGCCCUGGAGCCGACGCAGCCCAGGGCACCUUCCGCACCAGGUUUCGUGUGCGUUAAGCUCGCGAAAGGGGAAGCCUGAGAUACAUUAUUGGAAAUAAAAUUUAACUCAUUCUAAGGCUCAAGAUGGAAAAUCACAAGGCAGAUGGUACUGUCAAGGAAAACUCGAUUUUUAAUAUUAUAACCAGAAAAAUAAACCAACUACCAGAAGCAGAAAGGAACCUACUUGAACAUGGAUCCACAUAUGUUGGAAUUAAUGCUGCUCUCAGUGGCCUAAUAGCAAAUAGUCUCUUCCGACGUAUCUUAAAUGUGACACAAGGACGUUUAACUUCUAGUUUACCAAUGGCAGUGAUCCCAUUUUUCACAGCAGAUGUGUCUUACAAAGGUUUUAUAAAUUUACCUUUAAGUACAGGUGACCUGAAUUGUGAAACCUGUACUGUAAUACGGGGAGGACUGGUUGGUCUUGUUUUGGGUGGUCUGUAUCCUGUUUUCUUGGCUAUUCCUGUGAAUGGUGGUCUAGCAGCCAGGUAUAGCUCAACUCUGCUACCUGAGAAAGGAAACAUCCUGACUUACUGGAUUGGAAUUUCUAAACCUGUCUUUAGGAAGAUGCUAUUUCCCAUGUUGCUUCAGACUAUGUUUACAGCUUACCUUGGAUCUAGACAAUACAAACUACUUAUAAAGGCUCUUCAGUUACCUGAACCUGGUGGAGACAUUUAAUGAUUAAGCAAAAUAAAAUUGUAAAAAUAACAUGUCUAGUGUAUGAAUGGGGCUGGAGCGAUAGCACAGCGAUUGGGCGUUUGCCUUUCAUGCGGCCGACCCGAGAUCGAUUCCUCCGCCCCUCUCGGAGAGCCCGGCAAGCUACCCAGAGUAUCAGGCCCGCGCACAGCAGAGCCUAGCAAGCUACCCAUGCAUAUUGGAUACGCCAAAAACAGUAACACUAAAUCUCACAAUGAGAGACGUUACUGGUGCCCGCUCAAACAAAUCGAUGAGCAAUGGGAUGACAGUAUGAAUGAUAAUAUUGUCUCUACCACCUUGCUAGUUCUGCUUUAGGUUAAGUUUGGUGUUUAAUGCAAGAGGAGGAAAAUACAGCACUUGGAUUAUGUACCUCAUAAGGCCAAACGAGUGAAAUGGACUGAAAAUGUGUAAAUACACACAAAUCUUAGUUUCCCUUCUUUCAUUAACUAACUGUAGAACCUCACAACACUUGAACCAUCUUC